GUACCUGUGGAGGGCGCCCGCACGCCUGCGAGGCAUCGAGCCUUCAUCUAAUCGAGACAGAGGAAGAGGCGGCAGCGGCAGAGAGAGGUAAAGAAGAAGAAUUUAACGGUUCCCGGUUGUUGAACCGCUCCGGUCUCCACGGUGCCCUGCGGCUUAUGAACAGUUUGGGGCUUGGGGUGACGGUCAUUUAGUCGACUAGCAGUUAUAGUUACUUCAUUUAGAUAGGUCACCACCAUGUUUUUACUAAAGGUAGCAAUGUUUUGACAGCUUACCACCCUAAAGAGCAUCACUGCACGCAGAGAGCCGGAGCAAUGGAGGAAGGCUCUGAGCUGAUGGAGGAUAUUGUAUUUCGGGGGGUGGAGUUUUCCGUGAAGAUGGAGGUGGACAAGGGUUUGCUCAUUGCCGAAAUCUCUGAUUCAAUGACAGCGGAUCAGUGGAAGGGGGAGUUUGAUCCAGCAUAUAUUGAAGACCUCACUCGCAAAACUGGCAACUUCAAGCAGUUUCCUAUUUUCUGUAGCAUGCUGGAAUCUGCAGUGAGAAAGACGAGUGACUCUGUUACGCUUGACCUCCUGACCUAUGCUGACCUGGAGCUACUGCGAAACAGAAAAGCAGGGGUGGUCAGUCGUCCUCGCAGCCAUCAGCAGCCAUCUGCUCUCACCGCCAAAAGAUAUCUCAUUCUCAUAUACACAGUGGAGUUUGACAGGUUUGCUCACAGAAUUCACUACCCUCUACCUCUGCCCUAUGUGGGAAAGCCUGACCCAGCUGUCCUGCAGAAGGAAAUCAGAGCGCUCAGGGCUGAGCUCAGUGCUCUCACCUCUCACGGAGUUAGCAAAUCUGCAGAUCUAGAAAUACAGCGGCUACGAGCAGAGCUGGCUCUGGUUAAAGAGGAAAAGGAGAGCAUGGCCAAGGUUCUGGAGCGACUGCAGUUGAGUGGAAGUGAUCCCACAUCUGGACGAGAGGACUGGAGAAUGAGAGAUGUGGUGAGGACGCUGGAGGAGCAACUUGUCAAGGAAAGGGCCAAAAGUCAGCGCUCGAUGAGCAAGAGAUGUCAGGAGCAGCGACUGCUAGUUGAGCAGUUAGAGGAGCUGAGAGCAUCAGAGUGUGCUCUCCGUGUUCGUGUCAAGAGUCUCACCAAUGAACUGGCGUUACUACGGAGAGGGUUAGACAAUCUAAGCGUCAGAGUGACUCCUGUGUCGGGUCGUAUCAGCUCACGGGUAGAUGGAGAAAUUUAUCGCUCCCUUUCUCGGGAGAGAAGGUCUGGGUACGGGACAAUCAGGGCUCGCUCGGGAUCUAGAGAACGUACAGAGGAUAGAGGACAGAGGUCGGUGGAAAGAGGAAGACGUGCAGACUCCUCGGGACCGCGUGCUCGCAUACCCAGGCCAUCACCUUCCCCCACAGGGUCACGGGUUCCACGCUUUGAUCCAACAGCAUAUAUCCAGGACAGGCAGCGCAGACAGAAGGAGGCAGAAAUCAAAAAACAGAGGAAGGUGCGAAGGGACAUGCUGGCAUCACCCGUGCUCCCCGAGAGAGGCCGUUCACGUUCCAGAGAAGCCUAUCCUCAGCUGACCCGGUCAGGCAGCAGAGGCAGGAGUUUAUCUAUGGAGCGGCGAGGGAGCAGGAACUCCUCUGAAAGCUCGUUAGUGGACAUGGAUGAAAUGACCAAAACUCUGUACAGAGGAAGAAAACAGACUUACAAUGGACCCAAUGUAUCCAGGGGAGGCCUUCUGUCCAGGAAGCCAUUAUGCAGCACACCAACACUCAGAGUCAAAGACAAAGAAAGCUCUGUAGAUACAGGUGCAGAGCUAUCAGAGAUUGAUGCAAGGCUGCAGGCACUGCAGGAGUACAUGAGAGACUUGGAUACAGGACAUUGACCUGCUGCACAGGAUUGUCUGAUUUUGUCAUCUGCAUAAAACUGAGGAAGAAAUCCUGAUUUGGACCUGAGCUUCGGGUUUAGCAGAGUAUGCACUAACAUCAGAGACUAAAACUCCCUCUGGAAGCUCAGACUUCUGGAAACUACAGCCAUCAAUAUGAAGGUCAUUGGACUACCUUUUUGUGGACUAAUUUCUUAUGUUUUUAUAAAUUAACUUAAAAUAUGA